AUGAAUCGCCACCUAUCAAGUACCUUACUUCAUGCGAGAGCAUAUUCGCGUGCGGCAGCACCACCAACUCAUCGACAAAUAACUAAACUUUACGAAACACAUGUACCUGUGUCUACGCCAGAAAAGGUAGUCCUGGCUGUAGGAUCAGCCUUUACGGCCUUGAUUAACCCAUUGCGAGGCGACAUGGUAGCUACUCUCGGAGAAACAACAGGAAGACGAUUCUUGACCAGUAUGCGAGACCAAAUGCUAUCAAGCUCUUCUGGAAGAAGAAUCCUCCGAGAAAGACCUUCUAUACAUACUUCUACUAUUGACUUUGAUAAACUGCGUAAAGAGUGUGCACCAAACACCUUUGGUGCAGCCUAUGUGUCCUGGCUGGAUGCUGAGGGAGUAACACCCGAUACAAGAUCACCUGUACGCUUUGUGGAUGACGAAGAACUGGCAUAUGUAAUGAAGCGCUACCGGGAAAUACAUGAUUUCUUUCAUACAUUAACCGGGCUGGGAGUAACAGUAGAAGAAGAAAUUGCAUUAAAAUGGUUUGAAUGGGCACAAACUGGGCUUCCGAUGACCAUGUUAUCGUCAUUAGUGGGACCUCUCCGACUAUCAUUGGCAGAGAAACAGAGACUCUUUGGUACAUACGUGCCCUGGGCUCUUCAAACAGGUGCUUCUGCUACGCCUUUGAUGACAGUUUACUUUGAAGAUCAUUUUGAUGUUCCACUUGAUGCGCUCCGUGCUCAACUCGGUAUUUCAACACCACCACCAAUACAGAACUAG